AGAGAGAGAGAGAGAGGAGAUGCGUGUUGCCCUUGGAAGCCGCAAGUCCCCCCGGGCGGCCAGCCCCGUUAGCGGGAAGGCGAUGGCAACAGCAGCAGCAGUUGCAUCAGCGCUAACUACUGCCGCCGGCCGCCGGGAGGGUACAGUAACGACCGCAGGGAGCGUGCAGCUGCUGCGGCGGCAGGUUCCCUGGAUCAGGAAAUUAGGGCAGGCACCGGGGAUUGGAGGCGAGGGCGGCGCGCGAGCCAACCAGCGGCCGCCCCGGGCCCCCGUGAGCCCCGGGCGGACGCGCGGAGCCGCCGGGCCCCAGGAGCAGUCCCGGUGGCGGCGGCGGCCACGGCCACGGCCACUCACGCACGCACACGCUCGCACUCAGACUCGCACACCCCCUGCGCAGGCACCUGGCUGCCCGGAGCUUAUAAAAGCGGCGCGUCUAGGGGAAAGGAGGGCUGGAGCCGCCGCUCCCCACCCCCUCACACCCCCCUCACCCCUCGCUGACCACUCCCCCUCCUGCCCCCUCCUCGCAGCUCACCCCGCGCUCCGGAGGCAGCCGCCAGUGUGGGUGCUCCGCGGCCGGCUCCGCUCUCCUCUGCCUCGCUCCUCUGCUCUCGGCUCUCCACCCCACCCCCUCCUUCCCCUCCCCUCCUGUACCCUCCCCUCCUCUGCAGCGCCUGCAUUAUCUUCUGCCCGCCGGCUCGGCUUGCACUGGUGCUGCAGCCCGGGGAGGGCUGGUAACUUGUUGUGCGGAGCGAGCGGCGGCACCAUCCAGGCGGGCACCAUGGGCACGUCCGCGCGCUGGGCGCUCUGGCUGCUGCUCGCGCUGUGCUGGGCGCCCCUGGAGAGCCGCGCCACCGGAGCGGGAAGAAAAGCCAAAUGUGAACCAUCCCAAUUCCAGUGCACAAAUGGCCGCUGUAUCACGUUGUUGUGGAAAUGUGAUGGGGACGAAGACUGUGCUGACGGCAGCGAUGAAAAGAACUGUGUGAAGAAGACAUGUGCCGAGUCGGACUUUGUUUGCAACAAUGGCCAAUGUGUCCCCAGCCGGUGGCAGUGUGACGGAGAUCCCGAUUGUGAAGACGGCUCUGACGAAAGCCCCGAACAGUGCCAUAUGAGAACAUGCCGCAUUAAUGAAAUCAGCUGUGGCGCCCGCUCCACUCAGUGUAUCCCCGUGUCCUGGAGAUGUGAUGGUGAACACGAUUGUGACAGUGGAGAAGAUGAAGAGAACUGUGGCAACAUCACGUGUGGCCCCGAUGAGUUCACGUGCUCCAGCGGCCGCUGCAUCUCCAGGAAUUUCGUGUGCAACGCCCAGGAUGACUGCAGCGACGGCAGCGACGAGCUGGACUGCGCGCCCCCGACGUGCGGCGCCCACGAGUUCCAGUGCAGCACGUCCUCGUGCAUCCCCCUCAGCUGGGUGUGUGACGACGACGCCGACUGCUCCGACCAGUCCGACGAGUCCCUGGAGCAGUGCGGCCGCCAGCCGCGGAUGCACACCAAGUGCCCCGCCAGCGAGACGCAGUGCGGCUCGGGCGAGUGCAUCCACAAGAAGUGGCGGUGUGAUGGGGACCCCGACUGCAAAGACGGCAGCGACGAGGUCAACUGUCCUUCGCGAACCUGCCGCCCUGACCAGUUUGAGUGUGAGGACGGAAGCUGCAUCCACGGCAGCAGGCAGUGCAAUGGUAUCCGAGACUGCGUGGACGGCUCUGAUGAAGUCAACUGCAAAAACGUCAAUCAGUGCUUGGGCCCUGGCAAGUUCAAGUGCAGAAGCGGGGAAUGCAUAGAUAUCAGUAAAGUAUGUAACCAGGAGCAGGACUGCAGGGACUGGAGUGACGAGCCCCUCAAAGAAUGUCAUGUCAAUGAAUGCCUGGUUAAUAACGGUGGCUGUUCACACAUCUGCAAGGACCUUGUUAUAGGGUACGCGUGUGACUGUGCAGCUGGGUUUGAACUGAUAGAUAAGAAAAUCUGUGGAGACAUUGACGAAUGCCAAAACCCGGGAAUCUGCAGCCAAAUUUGUAUCAACCUAAAAGGCGGUUACAAGUGUGAAUGUAGUCGAGGAUAUCAGAUGGAUCUUGCCACUGGCGUGUGCAAGGCAGUAGGCAAAGAACCAAGUCUGAUCUUCACUAAUCGAAGAGACAUCCGGAAGAUUGGCUUGGAGAGGAAAGAAUACAUCCAACUAGUUGAACAGCUAAGAAACACAGUGGCUCUGGAUGUGGAUAUCGCUGCUCAGAAGCUGUUCUGGGCUGAUCUAAGCCAAAAGGCCAUCUUCAGUGCCUCAAUUGAUGACAAGGUUGGUAGACAUGUUAAAAUGAUCGACAAUGUCUAUAAUCCUGCAGCCAUUGCUGUUGAUUGGGUGUACAAGACCAUCUACUGGACGGAUGCGGCUUCUAAGACUAUUUCAGUAGCUACCCUAGAUGGAGCCAAGAGGAAGUUCCUGUUUAACUCUGACUUGCGGGAGCCUGCCUCCAUAGCUGUGGACCCACUGUCUGGCUUUGUUUACUGGUCAGACUGGGGAGAACCCGCUAAAAUAGAAAAAGCGGGCAUGAAUGGAUUUGAUAGACGGCCUCUGGUGACAGUGGACAUCCAAUGGCCUAAUGGAAUUACCCUUGACCUUAUAAAGAGCCGUCUCUAUUGGCUCGACUCCAAGCUGCACAUGUUGUCCAGCGUGGACUUGAAUGGCCAAGAUCGUAGGAUUGUCCUCAAGUCUCUGGAGUUCCUAGCUCAUCCUCUCGCACUAACGAUAUUUGAGGAUCGUGUCUACUGGAUCGAUGGGGAAAAUGAAGCAGUCUAUGGGGCCAAUAAAUUCACUGGAUCAGAGCUGGCCACUCUCGUUAACAACCUUAAUGAUGCCCAAGACAUCAUUGUCUAUCAUGAACUUGUACAGCCAUCAGGUAAAAAUUGGUGUGAAGAAGACAUGGAGAAUGGAGGAUGUGAAUACCUGUGCCUGCCAGCACCACAAAUUAACGAUCACUCUCCAAAGUAUACCUGUUCCUGUCCCAAUGGGUACAAUCUAGAGGAAAACGGCCGGGAGUGCCACAGUACUGCAACUACUGUGACUUACAGAGAGACAAAGGGUUUCAACACAAUAGAAAGUUCGCCAACUAGUGGACUAGCUCCUGGAGGGAUCAAUGUGACCACAGCGGUAACGGAGGUCACUGUUCCUCCGAAAGGCACUUCUGCUGCCUGGGCCAUCCUUCCUCUCUUGCUCUUGGCAAUGGCAGCGGUGGGUGGCUAUUUGAUGUGGCGGAAUUGGCAGCACAAGAACAUGAAAAGCAUGAACUUUGACAAUCCUGUGUACUUGAAGACUACCGAAGAGGACUUGUCAAUAGACAUUGGCAGACACAGUGCUUCUGUUGGACACACGUACCCAGCAAUAUCAGUUGUAAGCACAGAUGAUGAUCUAGCUUGACUUCUGAGACGAGUCUUGACCUUUGAGGUCUAGACCAAUAGCCUCCCCCCACUUCGGAAUGGUAACCGAGCCAACGCCUGAAGUCUUUCUUCCUCCAGUCUGGAAGAACAUCAAGAUAUCUUUACAUGGAUCAAGCUUGUCUACUUGACCGUUUUUAUAUGACUUUUGUAAAUAUCCCUGCCCACAUUCUACUUCAGCUUUGGAUGUGGUUACCAAGUAUCUAACCCUUGAACUUCUAGACAGUAUUGCCACAUCUGGCCAAAUAUGCACUUUCCCUAGAAAGCCAUAUUCCAGCAAUGACACUUGUGCUAUAGUGUAGACCACCUGUACAUACAUUGUAUAGGCCAUCUGUAAAUAUCCCAGAAAACAAUCACUAUUCUUAAGCACUUUGAAAAUAUUUCUAUGUAAAUUAUUGUAAACUUUUUCGACGGUUGGGACAAUGGCAAUAGGAUAAAACGGGUUACUAAGAUGAAAUUGCCAAAAAAUUUGUAAACUAAUUUUGUACGUAUGAAUGAAACCUUGGACCUCAGUGGAGGCUUGCAAAGACUGAGUGUUCAAACUACUGUACAUUUUUUUUUCAAGUGCUAAAACAAUUAAACCAAGCAGCUUCCCCACGGUUUGUGCCUAUUCCUCUAGGAUAAACUUCUAUAAACAGCCUGAGUAGAAUCAAGCGUUCUAAUGAACUAUAGGAGCGACGUGAUACAGACCUUGAUGUUGCAUAACUAAGCCUGUAAUUUGGCUACUUUCUCUUACAACCAAGUACCAAGAGAACAAGGUACCACUUAAUAUUUGUUCCCCAAUUAUUUAUUUUGUAAAAGAAGCUGACUUAGCCUAUACCUAGAAUUCCUCUUGUUCAGGGGAAAGUUCCUUUUCUCAUUCAUUUGUUCCCUGAUCUAGAAACCUGUGCUAAGAUUUCUGCCAAUUCUGCUUCUUCAUGCUUAAGUCUCUGUUUUCCGUGUCCUAUCAUUAUAUGUAGCUCCAGGAUGAGUGCUUCUUGUCCUUGAGCUAAGUAUGUUCUGCUUUUAUACGUGUACACAGUCUUCCACGAAGAGGGCUGGAGAGGUAACAUUCAGUGCCAUUCUUGAACUCUAAGGUAGUGGUUCUCAGUGGGGUUAACAUGUCCAUCCUCUGAGAACUUGUUAAAAAUGCAAAUUCUCAGGUCCCUUCCCAGACCUGCCGAAUGAGAAACUCUGGGGGUGGGGUCCAGGAAUAUGUUUCCGCAAGCCCUUCAGGUGAUUCUGAUGUAAGCUAACAUUUGAAAAACCACUGUUCCAAUGUGACUUCAUGGAUAACCUGCAGUACCUUCUAAUUUUUCAAUCUGGCUGGCAUGGAUUCCUUCUAUGGAAAAUGUCUGACAUUUUUAGUAUGAAGGGCAGAUAGGGAAUUUGGGUAGAAGAAAAAGUAGCACGGGGCUUUAAUAAGUUUUCCAUCAGGUUGGCCAUUGCCUCGUUUCUCUCAAGUCUCAGGAUGUGGGCAAGCAAGGGAAGAUAGGAGGCGUGAAUUCCUGGGAAGAUGCUCUAAUUCCAAAAUGAGGUGCGGAGUCUGCUGCAGAAGGCAGGAUUCCUUUUGGGAUUAAAUGACCAAUGCGGGAGCAAGAGGAUGAAGAGGUAUUUUGAGAUAAGUGGAUGACAGAUCGGUGGGUGACUCCCAUUCCACUUGCCCGUGGAAUAUAAGUAAGGCAGUUGACACCUCGGUUGUGGCUUAGGCAGAGAUCAACAAUCCAAGAUGAAGUUGCUUCUGCCAUAUUGUUUAAUAGAUACCUGUUGUGAUUUUGGUCAGAUGGAUCAAGGUGAAAGGCAUGGGCUUUUGUUGGGGGGUGUGCAAUUCCGGAAUAUAGAAGGAAGAGGCUGUAGCCGUGAAGGCAGGAUUCUUCAACUGUCCACCUGUUACUUCCUCUUCAAAUAGUCACUACACUAAACAGGAUGUGGCCUGCCGACAUAGGGUAUCUGAAGUGCCCAUGUGAUAAGUAGGUUAGCAUUCAUCGUAUCUGAACUCUGAAGGCCCUUUGGUUGUCUGGUACUUUGACCCUAUGCUACAAAACCCACUGAUUUAUUUUUUUUAAUUGGAGCAACACAAAGUUCCCUCCUGGGAAGCUUGAAGAUACCAGUGUUUUCCCCCAUUACGAGGUCAACUUUAAGGCCCAAAGCCAUAGUUUUUAAGAAUAAAAUCAAGCAUUAUUCUCCAUCAUCUCCUCUUACAUUCCAGUCCCACCUGUAUUCUUUUAGGUUCAAGGUCCCAGUCUCCAACCUUCUAAGAGUCUCCAACCUCCAUCUUUUACCUUGCCCUACCCCCUGUAAGUAGCCAAGGACAGAAACUCUAACUCAAGUGCUGAAGAUAUGAAGUAACUACGUAUUAAGAAUAGUUAAUAUGGCUGGUCAAUUCAGCAUGUAAUGACACUUUAUGAAGAACUAGAGCCUUGGGCUUCAGUAUCCAAAUAAGAGCUAUAAGAAUCCUACAUGAAACAUAUUGGCCUAAGUUUGCUAUGUCCACAGAGUUUACUAGACAAGGCGAGAAUUAGCUAAGAGGUAAAAUAUGAAACUUAUCAAACAAUGAAGGAAGAUGCUUGGAAUCAAGUGAGUCGUACACAGUCACUGAAAGUGGGUCCUCCGGAGACUUUAGGACUUGCUGCAAAGACUGGUAAACAAUGAGUAAAUACAUUUGUGGCCCCUGGUAAAGAAAUCCAGCCACGUCCCUGAGUCCAAAUUUUUAAGUGGCCUUUGCAAGCUGUCUGUUUGGCAAGCAAGUACCCCCAGUUGUUCAAACAACCCCCUUAAGACAUUCUUACAGCUAUUUUAAAGCCAUGGCAUCAUCUUCAAGCCUCCAGUGUUCUAUUCUUGAUGAACACAAGGC